AUGGCUUCUGGAACUGUGCCUGCUUCGUUUUCCAGCCUCAGGAUGUCUGAAUCCGGUUUGGGGUUUGUGAAAAGUAUUGAUUUUGUGAGAGUUUCUGAUUUGAAAAGAAUGAAAUCUGCAAGGACUAAAGUGUCGAUUAUCAAAAAUUCAAAUCCUGGUCAGGAGGUUGUUGAACUUCAACCUGCUUCCAAAGGAAGUCAGCUUUUAGUUCCUAGGCAAAAGUAUUGUGAAUCACUGCACAAAACUGUGAGGAGGAAAACAAGGACAGUGACGGUCGGUGACGUGACUAUUGGUAGCGAGCAUCCGAUAAGAGUUCAGACCAUGACUACGACCGAUACUAAGGAUGUUGCUGGAACAGUUGAACAGGUGAUGAGAAUAGCAGAUAAAGGAGCUGAUAUCGUUCGGAUAACAGUUCAAGGGAGAAAAGAAGCUGAUGCUUGUUUCGAGAUUAAAAACUCGCUUGUGCAGAAAAACUACAACAUACCAUUGGUGGCUGAUAUUCAUUUUGCUCCGACUAUUGCUUUGCGAGUAGCUGAAUGCUUUGAUAAGAUUCGUGUCAACCCUGGAAAUUUCGCCGACAGACGAGCUCAGUUUGAAAUACUGGAGUACACUGAAGACGAUUAUCAGAAAGAACUUGAACAUAUUGAACAGGUUUUCACGCCCUUAGUUGAAAAAUGUAAGAAAUAUGGGAGAGCAAUGCGCAUUGGAACAAACCACGGAAGUCUUUCUGAUCGUAUAAUGAGUUACUAUGGAGAUUCUCCUAGGGGAAUGGUGGAAUCUGCUUUUGAAUUUGCAAGGAUAUGCCGAAAGCUGGACUACCACAAUUUUGUGUUUUCUAUGAAAGCAAGCAACCCAGUUAUCAUGGUUCAGGCGUACCGAUUACUUGUAGCUGAAAUGUAUGUCCAAGGCUGGGAUUAUCCAUUACACUUGGGAGUUACUGAAGCUGGAGAAGGUGAGGAUGGUAGGAUGAAGUCUGCAAUUGGCAUCGGAACUCUUCUACAGGAUGGAUUGGGCGAUACAAUACGAGUUUCACUCACAGAAGCACCGGAGGAGGAGAUAGUUCCUUGCACAAGGUUGGCAAACCUUGGAAUGAGAGCAUCUGAACUCCAGAAAGGAGUGGCACCUUUUGAAGAAAAGCACAGACAUUACUUUGACUUCCAGCGCCGUACUGGUCAACUGCCAGUGCAAAAACAGGGUGAGGAGGUGGAUUAUAGAGGUACGCUCCACCGGGACGGAUCUGUUCUCAUGUCAGUCUCCUUGGAUCAGUUAAAGACGCCAGAGCUCCUUUACAAGUCCCUUGCUGCGAAACUCAUUGUCGGCAUGCCAUUUAAGGAUCUGGCAACAGUUGAUUCAAUCUUAUUGCGGGAACUUCCUCCAGCAGAUGAUGUUGAUUCUCGGUUAGCUCUAAAAAGACUGGUUGAUAUAAGUAUGGGAAUUAUAGUUCCUUUGUCAGAGCAGCUAACAAAGCCAUUACCAAAUGCCAUAGUUCUGGUAAACCUUAAGGAGCUAUCUACUGGAGCUGAUAAGCUUUUGCCACAAGGCACACGAUUGGCUGUGUCAGUACGUGGCGACGAGUCUUAUGAAGAACUGGAAAUUCUCAAAGGUGUUGAUGCAACUUUGAUUCUCCAUGACCUGCCUUAUACUGAAGAGAGAGUUAGUAGAGUGCACGCGGCAAGGCGGUUAUUCGAGUACCUAUCAGAAAAUGCGCUAGACUUUCCUGUCAUUCACCACAUUCAAUUUCCAAACGGAAUUCACAGGGAUGACUUAGUGAUUGGUGCUGGCUCUCAUGCUGGAGCCCUGCUGGUUGACGGGCUUGGAGACGGUCUUCUUUUAGAAGCCUCAGACAAAGAUUUUGACUUCAUUAGAAACACAUCUUUCAAUUUGCUGCAAGGAUGCAGAAUGAGAAAUACUAAAACAGAGUACGUCUCAUGCCCAUCCUGUGGCAGAACCUUGUUUGAUCUUCAAGAAAUAAGUGCAGAAAUUCGAGAGAAGACAUCGCACCUCCCUGGUGUUUCGAUUGCAAUCAUGGGAUGCAUUGUAAAUGGUCCGGGAGAGAUGGCUGAUGCGGACUUCGGGUAUGUUGGCGGUGCUCCUGGGAAGAUUGAUCUCUAUGUUGGGAAGACUGUGGUGAAGCGCGCAAUUGCAAUGGAACAAGCAACUGAUGCCUUGAUCGAUCUGAUAAAAGAGCACGGACGUUGGGUAGACCCUCCUGUAGAGGAGUAA